UUCGCCACACGUGAAGUGCGGGAAUAAACAUUGAAUUGGACGAAAUCGGAGCGUAAUUAUGCAACAAAUUCUGUGAGAAAAGUGCCGAAAACUGCGAUAAUUUAAUGUCAUUUGCGUGGAACGUGUACACCUAGCUGCAAUUCCUCAAAAUGUAUCGCUUGUUGAGUGCAAACCGGGCGGCAGCCGUGCAAAAAGCACUGCGGGUUCCGCCCACCGCCCAUCCAACAACAACAACAGUGUGCUGCGGCUGCGGCAGCGGAUUUGCGACCUCAAAUUUCGUGCAUUAUCAGCAGUAUUAUCAAAUGCUAUACCGCCAAACGCCGGCAGUGACAACUACAACAACAACACGCACACAGACAACAACACCCACACAGGCAGAUGCACUGGCCCAGGCGAAAAAAAAGCGAUUGCGCAAGCCGCGCUAUGCGAAAUAUGUGGAACUCCUGGAGGUCACAGAACAAGCCAUCAGCGAGCGGAGGUCACGGGUGAAGCGAUUGAAGUCGAAAAAGCUGGCCGACUUUAUACAGAAAGCCCAGCAGCAAAUCCUGGAACGACGUGCUCGAGAGGAUCGCAAGGAUAAGAAAACCAAGGGUAUAUUAGACCUAGCACAGAGGCAACCUGUGGAGUAUCAGAAAAUCGAUAUGGAGGCGUUGGAUGGUUCUGUUUUGGAGUCUGGCAUAUACGAUGAUCGACCCAUGCUCUUUUUCGGCAAGGAUGAGUACACCAAACAGGUGAUUGCGAAUCCCGACGAGGUGCAAAAUAUACUCAAGAGCUUUCACAACUUUCGGGAUAUCAUCGAGAGCAUGGGAAAUGAUCAGCACGAAGCGGAUUUCGGGCUAAGUACUUCCAAGGUGCUUCCUGAAGAAGCCGACGUCUUGGAUCCUUUCGAAGCCAUCGAACCCUACAUUAAUCCCCUGGACAAAAGUAAGCCCGCGGUGACAUCGGUAGCCAUGCCAAACGCCAAUGCGGUUACAGCCAAGUCCAAGAAACGAUUCAAGUCCAAGGUUCACGUGAACGAGGAGCAAGAGCGUCUGGCCAAGCAGCGGGCACUGCACCUGAACCUGAAUACCUACCUAAAUGUGUGUGUUUCGGCCAACAUGCUCAAUCGCGCCCUCUCCACCAUUAUCGCUUAUCGCGGCAGGGUGAGGAAGAGUACUUUGCCCCAUUUGUCCGAAGGCCUCAUCACCAUCGAUCUGUACAAUAUCCUUCUGCACGGUUACGCCGCCAAGGGAUCCUUUGAUCGCUCCCAGGAGCUCUUCAAACUCAUCGAGGAGGAUGGCCUGGCGUUCAAUGAGCAAAGCUACGCCGCCGUCUUUGAAUGCUUGGGACGCCUGGAACCCGAUGAACAGAACCAACAGUUCACUUCCAAGUACAUUGAGCAAGCUGAAAAGGAUGGUUUCAGUUUAAAUCAAAUAAUGGAUAAAUCCAAGUUCGUGGCCGAUCAGCGGGACAUUGCCUUGGAUGCCAUUCGACGACUGCGUCCGGAUUUCAAACCUGUCUAUGUGCCACCGCAACUGGGUUACGAUAAUGAGCUGCUGAAUCAUCUCAACAAACAUGUCCUACCUGUUGGAGCAAAGGAAAAGCCGGGAAAGGAGGAAGUGGACUAUGCCAUAAUGAACUCCAAGCGAGGCUACACCACAGCUCAAUUGGAACAGCUCGCUCGGGAGCAGCUUAAAAUAGAGCUGGACGGUAGCAUUACAAUCAAGUCAAUUGAGAAAUCAAAGGAGUUUGCAAAUUCCGAGAAAUGCCGCGAACGUCUUAAAGAAUUGGAGGAAACUUGGCGCAAACAAAUUUCAUCGGCCAUUGUGCGGGAUCUCAACACUCUGCGAGCUCAAGUGCGCUUCAAACCACAUGGCUUCAUGAACUACUACACAUAUCUAAAGACCCUGGAUACCUCGCACUUUGCCGACAUUUUGAUCAAGGAACUUUACAAGCUGGCCGAGGGCUCGGAAACCUUCAGUCCAACGGUGGGUCAGCUGUACAAAGAACUCGGCCAGAAGGUGCAGCAGCGAUACCAAAUUGAGCAGAAGAAACACAACGGCACGCUGGAGAAGAUUGGCGAGAUAUACAGCUCGUACUGCGAACUGUGGGACAGCGGAAAGUCGCAGGAUAACACGCGGCAGGCGUGGCAGCGCCUUGUGCACGAUCAGCGAGAGAGUGGACCCAGCAUGGACCUGCCGGAGGUGCCGUGGCCAUCGAAUGUCCUGACUGGCGUGGGUCGCUUCUUGUACAACAUUCUGAUGCGGGACAUCAAGAUCGACGCUCAUGUGAUGCGGCAAAAGAGCAAAGCCAAAGCGGCUACUCAGCCUCAAAACCUAUUGCCCGCCUUCUACACUCUUUUCCGCAAUCAGGGGCGUUUUGUUAAGGAGGAAGUCAAGCCACAUCCGGUGCUCUCGAGAUUAUUCCGAGCCUCACGGCAGCAGACACUCACCUUCGACUCAAAUCUGGUGCCCAUGCUGUGCCCUCCGCAGCCGUGGAGUACACCACACAAUGGUGGCUACCUGCUCAACAAGUCUGAACUGAUACGCCUGCCUCACCAAGCCAUCCAGCAGUGGGAUCGGAUCAGCGCUUCCAACCCACAGCACCUUUAUCCUGCCUUGGAUUCUCUGAAUCAGUUGGCCAGUGUCCCUUGGCGGGUGAACACGCAGCUGUUGGAUGUGAUCAUUGAGGUCUUUCAGAAUGGUGGUGAUGCGAAGCUGGAUGUCCCUCAGCCACCCAGUUCCCUGCCUCCGCUGCCGACGCUGCCAGCCAAAGAUGCCGAGGGCAAUGCUGCCUCCAAUGCGGAUCGUGCUAAGCAAUUCCGGGACAAACUGGGUCAUCAAAGGAAGCAGGCCGAGAUGUACAGCUUGUGGUGCGAUGCUCUCUAUAGGUUGUCACUGGCACAGCAUUACCGCGAUAAAGUCUUCUGGCUGCCACACAACAUGGACUUCCGUGGACGCGUCUAUCCCGUACCACCGCAUCUGAAUCACCUGGGUUCUGAUUUGGCUCGAUCUAUGCUUAUUUUCGACCAGGCGCAGCCCCUGGGCGUCGAUGGUUUCAGUUGGCUCAAGCUGCACUGCAUCAAUCUGACUGGGCUGAAGAAACGCGACUCGGUGAGGGAACGUCUCCUGUACGCGGAAGAGAUUAUGCCAGAUAUUCUGGACUCUGCGGACAAUCCACUCACAGGACGAAUGUGGUGGGCCAAAUCAGAUGAGCCUUGGCAAACUCUGGGCUGCUGCAUGGAAAUCGCCAAUGUGCAUCGCUCUCCGGAUCCCGCCGCCUACCUGAGUCGCUUUCCCAUCCACCAGGAUGGAUCGUGCAAUGGAUUGCAGCAUUAUGCCGCCCUGGGAAGGGAUGAAGCGGGAGCUUGUAGUGUUAACCUGGCACCAUCGGCCAUUCCGCAGGAUGUUUACAGUGCAGUGGCCACCUUGGUAGAGAGGAGUAGGAAAACCGAUGCCCAGAAUGGACUACAUGUGGCUGAAGCACUCGCAGGAUUCGUUCGUCGCAAGGUCAUCAAACAAACAGUGAUGACUACAGUUUACGGAGUGACCCGCUAUGGAGCAAGACUGCAGAUAGCCCGCCAGCUGAAAGACAUUGACGAGUUCCCCAAGGACUGGGUGUGGCCGGCGUCCACAUAUCUGACCACCAAGACAUUCGAGAGCCUGCGAGAAAUGUUCACGUCGACGAGAGAGAUCCAGGAUUGGUUUACGGAGUGUGCCCGACUUAUUUCUGGAGUGUGUAGCCAGAAUGUAGAGUGGGUAACGCCACUGGGACUGCCGGUGGUGCAGCCCUACAAUCGUCAGGAGAUGAAGCACUCCCCGCGUGCCGGAUUCAAGGUGUCUGCCAACAUGCCGAUGGACAUGUACGAACGACCCAACAUCCUUAAGCAGAAAAAUGCCUUCCCGCCGAACUUUAUCCAUUCGCUGGAUUCCUCGCACAUGAUGCUCACCUCGCUGCACUGCGAACGGCAGGGCAUCACCUUCGUUUCGGUACACGACUGUUUCUGGACCCACGCCAACACCGUGCCGGAGCUGAAUCGGAUGUGUCGGGAGCAGUUUGUUGCCCUGCACUCGCAGCCCAUUCUCGAGCAGCUCUCCCAGUUUAUGCGGCAGACCUACAGUUUCAAGGAUAACGACUUUACGAACGACGGUUCCGUCGAGGAUCUGUCCAAGCGUCAGCUGAACCGAACUGUAAAGCAGCUGCCGCAAAAGGGAGAUUUUGACCUGCGCAACGUACUCGACUCUGUGUACUUCUUCAGUUAGGAAUUACGACAUACAGUGCCUAAUCAUAGUCAUUAGUUCUAUUUAAUAUACCAGUUAAAUUUGUUAAACAAUUCGGCUUUCAAUACCAAAAAAACAAAAAAUGCAAAAACAGAAGCUACCAAAGGCGAAUGGUGAAGAGACGCCAAAUGUGAUUUUGUAACCUUUAAUUACAUAAAAUUGAUUAAAAUGCU